AAUUUCACAACCAACAUCAGGUAGUCUCAUCCAGUGACGAUCUAUCAGCCUACAGCAUACCGACGCCGGCCACCGCCGUCAAUGUAGAGCGUCUCUAACGGCCAGCCGACCUCUAAUUCCUAAUCGUACAUCUUCAAAACCCGAAUUAAUCGUUCGUCAACCCGCCGACGCCUUCUACACUAUCGUCGAACCUACCACCGUCCUUCGCACAGCGCGCUACCGGAUCCAUACUGCGUCUACAACUAGCUAUAGACGAAGCCACACCGUCAAGAUGGAAUCCAAUAAUGGCCCAAAGCGAGUCGUUCUCCGUUUUGACGUUCGACACGAGCUGGAGGAAGCAGCUAUAAAUAAACGAUUUUUCGCCCUAUUCGGCCCUGAACCUCCGAAGAACGAUUUCUACUCUCACUUGAUGGCCCCCAACGAAUCUUCCAAGAUGCAUAUCGUUCUUGAUAUCUACUGUAAAUCAUACCCAAGGAUCGACAACAGUAAGAUACCAUACGAAGUCUUCAAAGUAAAAAAGAAAGUCGAAUUUGAAUUCGAAAAGCUUAAUAGUACUGCAUGCCAAUAUGCCCGCGAGCGCUGCGAAAGGAUCAAAUGGGGCACCAACCGAUCUCAAUCUGAGGAAUUGGAUGGCGUUCGUGCAUUGCACGGAGGACACUCUCCGGGUACGUUUGUAUCUUGAACAUCAAGGGACAGUGGCAAGUCCCUUAGCCGUCCACUUGGAGGCACACAAAGGUCUUGGUUCGGGCGGGCUUGCGCUGCUGCACAUCGCAGAUAGUCACCCCUUACUUGGUGUUGAGGGUUGCGGCGACAGCUGGCAAACGUUGUAACCUGGAUAUCGCACAUAUUGAUUUGAGUAGAUUUGAGUAGAUUAGAAUCAAGAAAGACUUUGCUGAGCAA